AGUUGACAAGUACUAGAAGUCUAGAACUCUAGAAUAACUAAUCUCGUAAUUUCGAAAUUCUUCUCUGAUCAAUCUGAUUGUCACCUUCAGAUUUUCAAAAAACAAAGAAAGAACACUGUCAGUUUCUAGUAAUUGUUGUUAACUGAGCAGAGCAGAGCAGAGCAGAGGGAGAAGCAGGAAGAUCAUAUCGCAUUCCAAAUUCAAAUGCUUUUCGUGCGGCUCUGCCUUUAUUGGGAAAUGGGCGUUUCCUUUCCUUCAAUUUGAAGCUUCUCCAAAGUUUCUAUUGCUGAAAGGGUUUUUCAGGUAUCUUUGAUCAAUUUGGUGGCCUAAAGGGUGCUGUUGCUGCAUGGCUAAAGACAACAAAACCAGGAAUUUGUUCAAUGGUCUGCUUAAAGAUGGAUCAUUCAAAUGGUUGAAUAAAACCUUGAGUUUAUUAGAUGAAGAUGCUGAGGAGAUGGAGAAAGAUUCUUCAUCUAGUGGAAAGAACUGGUUGCCUGAGCUUUCUCCUUUGGCAAAUGUAGUUGUACGUCGAUGCUCAAGGAUCCUUGAUACUCCUAUGAAGCAACUUCAUGAAAUCUUUGAUGGAGAAGCUUCUGAUACUUUAAAGCAUCCUUCUCAAUAUGCACGCAAUUUUUUGGAAUAUUGCAGCUUCAGGGCUCUUGCAUUGGUUGUGCAAGUAUCUGGUUAUCUAGGAGACAGAAGUUUUCGACGUCUCACAUUUGAUAUGAUGGCUGCUUGGGAGUUUCCAGCAGCUGCCAGUAAACCAUUUGCCAGUAUGGAUGAAGAUGUCACUGUUGGUGUUGAGGCUUUUUCAAGAAUUGUUGUAGCAGUUCCCAUCAUUGCCAAUGUGAUUGUUAGUGAUAACAUUUUCAGUGUGCUUUCAUCAUCAACUGGUGGUCGACUUCAGUUUGCAAUCUAUGACAAAUAUCUCAGUGGUUUAGAAAGAGGAGUUAAAAAGUUGAAGGGCAAUUCUGAGUCAUCUCACCUUUCCUCCUUACGCUCAGCAAGAGGGGAGAAGAUCCUGGAACUUGAAGGGACAGUCACAACCCAGCCAGUUCUUCAACAUGUGGGGAUCUCCACAUGGCCUGGUAGGCUAACCCUGACUGACCAUGCUCUUUAUUUUGAACCCCUUCGUGUUGUGUCCUAUGACAAACCCCAAAAAUAUGAACUCUCUGAAGAUCUGAAUCAGGUUGUCAAACCUGAGCUAACGGGACCAUGGGGUACACGACUUUUUGACAAGGCAGUUCUAUAUAAAUCAGAUUCCUUGUCUACUAUUAUGGAUUUUCCAGAACUUAAAGGACAUGCCCGUAGAGAUUAUUGGUUAACCAUAAUUCGUGAAAUUUUAUACGCUCAAAGAUUUAUGCACAAGUUCCACAUUACUGGGAUUAAUCGAGAAGAAGCACUUAUGAAAGCUAUUUUUGGGAUUCUGCAAGUACAAGCACUAAAAGAUAUAAGUUCUACAAAUUCUCUUUGUUAUGAUAAUCUUUUGAUGUUUAAUGUGUGUGAUAAGCUUCCGGGUGGAGAUCUGAUACUGGAAACACUUGCAACUAAGUCAGUCAUGAGGGAAUUGGAGUCGACUAACUCUCUUAAAGCCAGCACUGGAAUGCACUCAAUUUCAGCUCUGACCAUAGCAUCCAACUUAGGCUUUGUGCUUGGCACCAGUCCUAAGGUUCCUAAUGAGAUGGGAAUUGUUGUUAGCGAGAUUGCUGUUGGUGAGAUGACUUCCUUGGAAAAAGUAGUUCGGGAAUCCAGAAGCAACUACAAAAAGGUAGUGUCAGCACAAGCUACAGUUGAUGGUGUUAAAGUUGAUGGUCUUGAUAAAAACUUGGCAGUGAUGAAGGAAUUGAUGUCUCCCAUACACCAACUUUGGAAAUGUCUUCUUUCUCUAGCAUAUUGGGAGGAUUCUUUAAAGUCCAUGGUUUUCUGCUUAGUCUUCACAUGUGUUAUAAUCAGGGGAUGGCUGGGCUAUGCUUGUGCACUAUUGCUCGCUUUUUGUGCACUUUAUUUGGGGCUCACCUGCUUCUUUAGCCAAAACAGGGCAUCUAAAACCCUCAAAGUAAUAGUUCCCCCAUCAAUGAAGACUAUGGAGCAACUUUUUGCUGUUCAAAGUGCAGUUUCUCAAGCUGAAGAGCUGAUCCAAGACGGAAACAUUGUUCUUCUCAAGUGUCGUGCCAUAUUGUUAUCCAUUUUCCCUCAGGCAACUGAGAAGCUUGCGGGUGCCCUUCUAGUCAUGGCAUUACUAUUGGCAUUCUUGCCAUCCCGAUAUAUAGCCAUGCUGGUUUUCUUGGAGCUCUUCACUAAAUACUCUCCUCUUAGGAAAACGAACACAGAAAGAUGUACUCGGAGGUUGAGGGAGUGGUGGUUUAGCAUACCGGCUGCCCCGGUGAUUAUUGAAAGACACAAAGAAGAUAAGAAGAAAAGAUGAUGUUGGGUGUAGAGUUUGUAAAUAUACUCAUUGUGUAUAAGGUAUGUUCAUAUAAUCAUAUUGUUGUGUUUUAAUAUCACUCUUGCAAAAAAAAAAAAAGAGUGAAAAGUUGCUAAUAUUAUUGUUCUUGGAAAACAGACUUGUAUCCUAUAGUCCCAGAUGCAGUGUUAUAUCAGGAACUAGGACAUUACAACGGCAAAUAUUUCUGUGGACUAUGAAUAAAAGGUACAUUUUUAAUA